UCAUGAUACGCUUCGUAUUCCAAUAUGGGAGUCGCGAUAUGAUACAUAUCCCGAUAUGAUACAGAUCCCAGAUCCAGAGCCUUAGAUUGGUGAAAAAACCACGUCGAGAAACAGGGUGGCCAGUGGGCUGGUUUUGAUUGGCCAUUGGGCUGCUUUGUCAGGAAAAACCGUGCAAACCCUGCGCAGCAUUCCCAGUUUAGCUGUCGGUCUUUUUCUGAACUGUUUGCAUUGCCUUCGUGGAGAAAUGCUCAUAGAACCUGCCUGCAAGCAGUAAAGAUAACCAAAUAAACGAAUCGUUACACGAAGAUGUGGUGAUGCAGCUCGUUACGUUCGCCGUUCGAAGGACCCAGCCUAGAUUAUGCGACUGUUGGAGCACGCGCUGAGGAUCAAUUAAAUGGCUGUGGAAUUAGCCAACUAUCAAGGAAGCAAAUCAACAAGUGAGAAUACGGGAGCUGCACUUCUGCACACCUUUGAGCAGUAAUAUGAUGCGGACGGGUGUCUGUCAGAGACAGGAAACUGAGACAACACUGCCAGAGCUCACUGAGCACCACAGGUUCAGACCGAAAGAAGAGGAACUCGGUGGACUGGAAUCUGUCCACAUGUCAGAGUCGGACGGAAAGUGUACCACACCAGGACUCGACGCACUGCGGCCAGAGUGCGUUACGGUGCACAGCAGCGUCGGUGACGUAUGCCACAUAGACACACCGCUGACGAAAGGAGAAACCCAUCUGGGCCCCACCAGCACCGAGAACCUGAAGACAGAGAGCCCGGACUUUACGGAGUUGGCAUGCCUGACCCAUCUGCAUCCUGACCACGUCAAAACAGAGGCUGAUUGUGGAGGCCACCUCAAGGCAGAACACUGCAGCGACUUGCAAGAUAUUAAAUGCGUUGAUAUCAAGUCUGAUAACAUGAAGUUUGAAUCCAGUGAAAUUUUAGUGAGUGAUCUCAUGAAUACUGUGCUUAAUGGCACUGGUGUUGAUCUCAAAUGCCAGACUGAACCAAGGCAAUAUGGAGGAGAGCCAAAUCCAUAUGGUAUAACACAAGGUAAAGAACAGUACAGUUCCACCCAGCAUGUGAGAUACCUUAAUAAGCCAUCCAAAUUCAUACAAAAUGAGGCUAUUCAUACUGGUGAAAAGCCCCAUAAGUGCUCUCAGCGUGGUAAGCAUUUUACUGAAGCAUCUUAUUUACGUAAACAUCUGAAAAGUCAUACAGGUUUAAAGCGCUACAAAUGUACUCGGUGUGAGAAGAGUUUCACUACUAAUUAUAUUUUACGUAUGCACCAGAUGAUUCAUACAGGUGAAAACCCUUACACGUGUACUCUGUGUGAGAAGAGUUUUUUGAUGAAAUGUAAUUUACGUGACCAUCAGAAAACUCAUACAGGUGAAAAGCCCUACAAAUGUGAUCAGUGUGAAAAGUGUUACCCUCGUAAAGUUUCUUUGGAUUACCACCAGAGAAUUCAUUCUGGUGAAAAGCCUUACACAUGUACUCAAUGUGGGAAGUCUUUUUCGCAGAGUUUUCUUUUACGUUCCCACCAGAAAAUUCAUACAGGUGAAAAGCUCUACAAAUGUGAUUGUUGUGAGAAGCGUUUUUUCCAUAAAUCUGGUUUAAGUUCCCAUCGGGCAGUUCAUACAGGUUUAAAGCCCUUCAUAUGUACUCAGUGUUCAAAGUGUUUUUUUAAAUUAGCUGAUUUAAAAAAACAUCAGAGAAUUCAUACAGGAGAAAAGCCUUACAAAUGUGAUCAGUGUGAGAAGCAUUUUGCUAAACCUUCUUGUUUAUGGUCACACGUGAAAAUUCACAAAGGUGAAAAGCCCUAUAAAUGUCAUCAGUGCAAGAAGUGUUUUACUACUAAUUAUACUUUACGUAUGCACCAGAUGAUUCAUACAGGUGAAAAGCCUUACACGUGUACUCAGUGUGAGAAGAGUUUUUUGAUGAAAAAUAAUUUUCGUGACCAUCAGAAAAUUCAUACAGGUGAAAAGCCCCACAAAUGUGAUCAGUGUGGAAAGUGUUUUCCUCGUAAAGUUUCUUUGGAUUACCACCAGAGAAUUCAUACAGGUGAAAAGCCUUACACCUGUACUCAAUGUGGGAAGUCUUUUUCAGUGAAUAGUGGUUUACGUUCCCACGAGAAGGUUCAUACAGGUGAAAAACCCCACAAAUGCGAUCAGUGUGGAAAGUGUUUUUCUCGUAAAAAUUCUUUGCAUUGCCACCAGAGAAUUCAUACAGGUGAAAAGCCUUAUACCUGUACUCAGUGUGGGGAGUGUUUUUCGCAAAGUAAAGGUUUUCGUUCCCACCAGAAAAUUCAUACAGGUGAAAAGCCCUACAAAUGUGAUCAUUGUGAGAAGCUUUUCCUUCAUAAAGCUAGUUUAAGUUACCACCAGAGAGUCCAUACAAGUGCAAAGCCCUACACAUGUACUCAGUGUGCAAAGUGUUUUUUUAAAGAAGCUGAUUUAAAAAUUCAUCAGAGAAUUCAUGCAGGAGAAAAAGCCAACAAAUGCGAAGCGUUUUACUGAAGCAUCGUAUUUAUGGAUACACAUAAAAUUUCACACAGGUACAAAGUCCUACAAAUGCAAUCAGUGUGAGAAGUGUUUUACUACUACAUCUAAUUUAAAUGUCCUCCAGAGAAUUCAUACAGGUGAAAAGCCCAAAACAUAAUCAUUGUAAUAAGUGUUUUUUUUUUAAUUAUUUUAUUUCAGUAACCACCAGAUGAUUUGCAUACAAAUGUAAUAUGUGAGAAGCGUUUUCCUGAUGCUCGAGAAUGCAUUGAGGUGGAAAAACUAUACUUAGUAUGGGAAGUGUUUAAAUAGUUUUCUUGGCCACCUGACAUUCAUAAAAAUGAAAAUCUGCAAAAUUA